UUCGCCACAAAACACAGCCCUCACAAUGGAGAAACCACAGAAAAUGCCGAAAGUGGCGAAGGUGAAAAACAAAGCACCGGCCGAGGUGCAAAUCACGGCCGAACAGUUGCUGCGCGAGGCGAAAGAGCGCGAUUUGGAAAUUUUGCCACCACCGCCGAAGCAGAAAAUCUCCGAUGCCGCCGAACUGGCCGACUACCAGCAGCGGAAGCGCAAAACGUUCGAGGACAAUCUGCGUAAGAACCGCAUGGUGGUCAGCAACUGGAUCAAGUACGCACAAUGGGAAGAGUCGCAGAAGGAAAUCCAGCGCGCCCGGUCGAUCUGGGAGCGUGCGAUCGACAACGAGCACCGGAACAUUACGAUCUGGCUGAAGUACGCCGAGAUGGAGAUGAAGCACCGACAGGUGAACCACGCGCGCAAUCUGUGGGACCGUGCAGUCACGAUAAUGCCACGCGCCAAUCAGUUCUGGUACAAGUACACGUACAUGGAAGAGAUGUUGGAGAACGUGGCCGGCGCCAGGCAAGUGUUUGAACGCUGGAUGGAGUGGCAACCGGAGGAGCAAGCGUGGCAAACGUACAUCAACUUCGAGCUGCGCUACAAGGAGAUCGAUCGCGCCCGCACGAUCUACGAGCGGUUCGUGAUGGUGCACCCGGAGGUGAAGAAUUGGAUCAAGUUUGCCCGCUUCGAAGAGGCGCACGGGUUUGUGAAUGGUUCCCGGACGGUGUACGAGCGUGCGAUCGAGUUUUUCGGAGACGAUCAUGCCGAUGAGCGGCUGUUCAUUGCGUUCGCCCGCUUCGAAGAAGGCCAGAAGGAGCACGAUCGGGUGCGGGUGAUCUACAAGUACGCACUGGAGCACCUCCCAAAGGAUCGCACGACGGACCUGUACAAAGCGUACACGAUACACGAGAAAAAGUACGGCGAUCGGUCCGGCAUUGAGGACGUGAUCGUAUCGAAGCGAAAGUUCCAGUACGAGCAGGAAGUGAACGAUAACCCGACCAACUACGACGCCUGGUUUGACUAUCUGCGGCUAGUGGAAAACGAAAACGAACCGGAAGUGAUUCGUGAGACGUACGAGCGAGCGAUCGCGAAUGUGCCGCCGGCGAAGGAUAAGAACCUGUGGCGUCGCUACAUCUACCUGUGGAUCAACUACGCCCUGUACGAGGAACUGGAAACGGAGGACCUGGAACGGACACGACAGAUUUACUGCACGUGCCUCGAGCUGAUCCCGCACAAGAUUUUCACCUUCAGCAAAAUCUGGCUUCUGUACGCUCAGUUUGAGAUUCGCUGCAUGAAUCUGCAAACGGCUCGCAAAACACUCGGCACGGCGAUCGGACGUUGCCCGCGCGACAAGCUGUUCCGCGGGUACAUCGAUCUGGAGAUUCAGCUCCGUGAGUUCGACCGGUGCCGUAUACUGUACGAAAAGUUUCUCGAGUUUGGACCAGAAAAUUGUACCACCUGGAUGAAGUUUGCGGAGCUGGAGUCGUUGCUGGGCGACACCGAUCGCGCAAGGGCCAUUUACGAGCUGGCGAUUCAGCAGCCGCGCCUCGACAUGCCGGAACUGCUGUGGAAGAGUUAUAUCGACUUUGAGGUGCAACAGGGCGAAUUCCAGUUUGCGCGCCAGCUGUACGAGCGGCUACUCGAACGCACGGUACACGUGAAGGUGUGGAUAUCGUACGCCAAAUUCGAGAUGAGCGCGGAAAACGAAGAAGAGGGAUUGAACGUGCCGCUCGCACGGCGUGUUUACGAACGGGCCAACGAGUGCCUGAAAGGACUGGCGGAGAAGGAAUCGCGCGUUUUGGUGCUGGAAGCGUGGCGCGAUUUCGAACGUGAUCACGGCGACGAAGAGAGCAUGCAGAAGGUGCUGGAGAAGAUGCCGCGAAAGGUGAAGAAACGACAGAAGAUCGUUUCCGAGGCCGGAGUGGAGGAGGGCUGGGAGGAAGUGUUCGACUUUAUCUUCCCGGAAGACGAAAUGGCGCGCCCGAAUCUGAAGCUGCUCGCUGCAGCCAAAAACUGGAAGCGCAAGCAGGACACGACGGACACACCAGUGCAGCCCACAGACGCCAACGCCACCGAGGAUGACGCGUAACGGAUAGCUGGACACCGGAAUGAGAACUAAUAAAAUUUGUCAUU